AUGGAUACUAAACAAAGCAGACCUAUAAGGGUCCUAAUCAUACCAUGGUUAGCCCAUGGCCACAUAUCUCCCUUUCUAGAGCUAGCAAAAAAGCUCACAGAGAGGAACUUCCAUAUAUAUUUGUGUUCUACACCUAUCAAUCUCAACCCCAUCAAGAAAAGGCUUGCUGAGAAGUACUCUCACUUGAUACAUUUGAUAGAACUCCAUCUUCCAUCCUUGCCUGAACUCCCUCCUCAUUACCACACAACCAAUGGCCUCCCAACCCACCUCAUGCCCGCCCUCAAAGAUGCCUUUGAGAUGGCUAGUCCUACCUUCUCCAACAUCAUUCACACCCUAAAUCCAGACUUAGUUAUCUAUGACUACAAUCAACCUUGGGCUGCAGCUAUAGCUGCAUCACUUAACGUUCCUGCUGUUCAGUUCCUAACUACUGCAGCUUCGAUGGUCUCUUUCGCCCUUCACAUGUUCAAGAACCCAGGUAAAGAAUUCCCAUUUCCAGCAAUUUAUCUCAGGGAGUUUGAGAGACUUGGUUCUUCUGAGUCUUCUUUAGAGCGUAACAAAGAUAAAGAUCGUUUCCUUGGUGCUUUUAAACAAUCCUGUAACAUUAUUUUGAUCAAGACCUUUAGAGAGAUUGAGGGAAAAUACAUUGAAUAUUUAUCCAAUUUAACUGAGAAGAGGAUUGUCCCUGUUGGUACACUAGUUCAAGACACUGUUACCGAAGAUGAGCAUACAGAGAUCACACAGUGGCUUGACAAGAAGGAUGAGACUUCAACAGUGUUUGUUUCCUUUGGAAGUGAGUGUUUUCUGACCAAGGAGGAGAUGGAAGAGGUUGCUCAUGGGCUAGAGCUUAGCAAGGUUAAUUUCAUAUGGGUUGUUAGGUUUCCUGUUGGAGAGAAAAUUAGGGUUGAAGAAGCACUACCUGAGGGGUUCCUUGAGAGGGUAGGGGAGAGAGGAAUGGCGGUUGAGGGAUGGGCCCCGCAGUUGAAAAUUCUAGGGCAUACAAGCACUGGUGGCUUUGUGAGUCACUGUGGAUGGGGUUCAAUAAUGGAAAGCAUGAAGUCUGGUGUUCCAAUAAUAGCCAUGCCCAUGCAUCUUGACCAGCCUCUCAAUGCUAGACUGGUGGUUGAGACUGGUGUGGGUGUAGAGGUUAUGAGAGACAACAAUGGGAGACUCAAGAGAGAAGCGAUAGCACAAGCGAUAAGAAAGGUGCUGAUGGAGGAAAAUGGGAAAGAUGCAAGGAUAAAAGCAAAAGAAUUAAGUGAGAUACUGAGAAUUAAAGGAGAGGAGGAGAUAGAUAGGGUGGAGGAGGAAUUGGUGCAACUUUGCAAGGAGAGGAAGAGGUAACAGUGAGUAACUUGUCGAAAAUUGUUCUCUCAUUUGGCUUUCUCAUUUGGCUUUCUAGAACCCAGUCUAUACAUUUCUUAUUAUUUGUUAUAUAUACAUUAUCAUUAUAUCAUUUAUAGUGUGUAACAAAUUUUUUUUUUCCCUGGGUAUAGUGUGUAACAAUCUCUGCACUUGCCGAGUAUAAUUUCCUUCAACAAGUUAUAAUUCAAAUCUUUCAUCUUUUCCAGAGGAAAUUUGUAUGGUUUCAAAGUAGAGAGGUGUUUAACUCAAAUCUUACCAUCUCAAAACAGAAAGGGAUCAUACUCUAUUUUAUGCAUUAGAGCUUGAUCAAAGCAAAUGAAGUAGAAUCUAAUUGUCUCCGUGAUAAUGAUGAAGAUUUCACUUUCAUAAUUUAAUCACACGUAAAGAGCAUUUAAGACAUGUGAAAUAAUAAUACAUUGACAAUAAAUUAGUUCACACCCUCAUAUUUUUGUGGGACCCAUGUUUUGGAUCCCACGCCAGGAAUUGUUAACCUGUCCGCAAAGCUGUAAGAUCUUGAGCCAUCUCAUGAUCAACUCUGGUAAGAUUGAUUCAACAAAUAAACAAUAGUAUCACAACCAUCUGAGUCUUAUAUCCUUAGUUAUUAUUGCCACAAAGAGCUUCCAGCUCAUACCUUGCACUCUUAGUUUUUUUUUUUUUCACCCUUGCACUCUUAGCAGGAUCAAUCUUUGACUUUAUGAACAUGAGCAAUAUGUCACUGCAUGCAUCACCCAAUAAUAAGUGACAAUAAUUUUUUUAUACAUUU